UAACAAUCCGCCGCCUACCAUCACUACCACCACCACCACUCCCCCCGCCUCCAACACCACACACCCCCUACCGGUGCAUCUUUCUUUGUUAUUAGCACUUGAUCUAGUCUAGAUGCCAACUACCCACCCCGCUGCAUCCGGAAGUACUAUACCCUUCACUUAAUAAAAAUAUAGUGCCCCAAUCAACAAUACUAUCAAGAUCAGAGUAUAACCAUGGCACCGCUGGAAACACCGGACGCGGCGGCCGCGAGGUGGGAUGCGUUGUCUGCGGAGUUUGAGGGGAUUUCGAGGUUUGUUUUCUUUUCUCUCUUUUUAUAUCGCUGUUGUUUUGACUGGGGGGGGGGAUCUGUGGGAUGGAUGUUGACGGUCGAUCUAGUCAUUGGAUCCGCCGGCUUAAAGACGCGGAAGCAGAGAUCGCCGCCGGAAAAACACAACCAACAACCACGACAACUACUACAACAACAACAGCAGCAGAAAACCGCCGCGCGUCACAACCCGCCGCGACCCAAAUCGCACUCAAGCAGCUCGCGCGAACAGUCGAAGAUCUCUCCGCAACAGGCCAGACGCUCUUCCAAGCCCUCGUCGCCCUGCAGCGGCGCCGCCACGAGACGCAAAAGAUCUACGCGGAUUGGUACGAGAACUACAAGCGUGAGCGAUCGCGGGUGUCCGAGCUCGCGGCCGAGCUUGAGCGCGAGGCAGGGCGGGAGAGGCAGGCGCGGGAGCGGGCGGAGCGGGAGCGGGAUGAGGCGCGGGAGGAGGAGAGGAGGGUGAGGGGGGUGGUGGAGGAGGGGAGGAUGGAGUUGACGAGCGCGAGGAUGGAGUGUCGGCGGGCGUGGGCGGAGGUUGCGAGGUUGGAGGAGCAGAAUCGGGUGAUGCAGAUUACGAUUCAGCAGCAGUAUCAUCAGCAGAGGAUUGUGGUGCCUAGUUCGGCUACUUCGGGGGCGGCGGAGCUGGAGCGGGAGCGGGAACAAGAGAAUGAAGGCGAGGAGGCAUAUCUCGCAGACGAAGAUGAGGAGGGCUUAGAAGACGACGAAGAAGAAUUAGCACUCGCAGACGAGUCCGAACUACCAACUACGAGCUACCCCGCCAGCGAUCCCGACCUCUCAGGCUCAGAAAGCGAGUCAAGCGUUCCCGGGGGCCGGUAUAUCCCCGAGCAACAGCAGCAAAUGGGAGGGUCGCAGGCGGACGAGGAGGACGAGCUGCAGCGGCGGAUGCAGACGCUGGAGAUGGAGUAUUGGGCGCAGCAGCAGAAGGAGAGUUAUGGGCAUCGGAGGCGGGCGUUUGGGGAGGAGUGAGUGUGUGCAGAUGUGCAGAUGUAAAGAUGGUUUAUGUAUGUAGUGAUGUAGGGUAUGUGUUAUAAGUAAUGUAAUGGGAUCGUGUGUAUAUGGAAUGUGUAUAGGUUAGAGUAGAGUAGAGUAGUGAAGUGAAG